CCAGGCUGCCAGGUGUCCCCACGGCAUCUGCCACUGGACAAGGUCCCCACUGGGGGACACCAGCUCUGGGGACAAGGCCGUAUGGCACAGAGCCAGCCCCGAUGUCCCCCGGGGGUCCCAGAGGCCACCCCUGGGGAGGGGACGUGGCGCUGUGAGCCAGGGCUCUGCCUUCUGCCAUGUCACAGGGUCCCCAGGGCCACCAAGGGCCGGGGACACAGCCGGGGGUGUUGUUGUGACCGCGGUGCCGGGCUGGGAUGAUCCUGCCGCCAUCAGCAUCUUGCUGCCAGCCCUUGGUCGCUGUCCCUGGGACGAGACAGGGCCUGUCACCUCCUUCGGCUGGCUGUCACCGCUGUCACCGAGUCACGCAGCAGGACCCGGCUCAUCCGCAGCCAAGCGCUGGUGUUGGGGCGGCUGCUCCCGUCUCCGCUCUGGGAUGGAUGGUGCUGCCGCCGGAGACACGGAUGCCCGAGGGGACACCGAGGGGACACGGACGUCCAAGGGGACACUGAGGGGACACGGCACGUGCCGGGGGUAGAAGCUUGUGGCCGGCAACGCCAGGCAUCACUGGCCACCGCGGAUGUGUUGGAGCAAGCGGUUUUCUCAGGAUGCCGAGUGCCGGUGUCGCCCAUGCGGGAAGCACCGAAUCCAGCCGGGAAGAGCCAGACCCGCCAUUCUGGAGGAGGGAGAGGGGACGAGUCGUAGCCCAUGGUGCCUGAGAUGGAGCAAAACCUCGGAGGAAUCAAACACGGACCCUCCGCUGCCACCCUCGGGUGCCGGCCCCAGGGACAGGGACCCUGCAGCUGUGACAGAUCUGGCCUUUGCACACCGGGACGGUUCUGUGUGGUGGAGCAGCGAACGCCUGCGACCGCCGGCUCUGGCACGAGGGUCGAGUACAUCCGGUGCUUUUCCUGCAGGGAUUUUUCCAGCUGGACACCCUGAGGGUCACAGCAAACCCACCGUGGUGCUGCCGUGGGCCGGUGUCACCCCCGGCACAGCGACGUCUCAUCCUGUGGCACCUCGGGGGGUUCAGGGUUAACAGAGCCCCUGGACUUUGGCACUGGGGAGGGUGCUGGGUCCCCCCGACUGCGGUGCUGGCUGAGGCCCCGUGGGCGUGGGGCAGGAGCUUUGGGGCAGGAGGAGGCUGAGGGACGGCGGUCGGGGGAAUUAUCAAGAUGCACCGGGGCGAUCAUGGCGAGCGGCCGCGGGUUUGGCCGAGCCCUGUGUCGGGAUCCUCCAAAGCCUUUUACGGACCCCCCGCCCCGAGACACCUCGGGAAACAGCAGCAGCCGGGAGGAAAACAUCCGUGUGCCGGCAACAGCGCAGGCGGGAGCAGAUCCCGGUGACUAAUGACCCCGCUAAUCCCCGGCUCUGUGCGGUGGUUAAUGGCAGCCGUGCCGGCGCCCGGCCCGGGGUUGCUACGUGAAGGGUAAACACGGUCCUGCGGGCCGGCGCUUCCCUGGAAUGGGGCCUGUGUGCCCCCCCGGCGGCGUUUCCCGAUAACACCCUCCGUGUCCUCCCCGCCAGCGGUUUGUGGUGAAUUCAAUGGGUGGAAAGUGAUUUUUGAGGUUUCCAGGGGGAUCCGGGGAGAAGGAUCCUCGUCACAGACAUGGAGGGAUCCCACGGCCUGGACUGGGCUCUGAAAUGGCAUCGCCGGUGUCACCCCGGGAUGCGGCAGGACGGGAUGUGCCAUGUCACCAGCCCGAGUCCUGCAAAAUGGCGCCAGGUUCAAAGUGACAGGAUGUCCCAGGUCACCAGGCCUGGAACGGCACUGGGGUCAAAGCCGAGCCGGGAGAAGAUGAAGCGGCUGAAGGCGACGGAACAGGGCAGGGAACAGGGAAACAUUUAAUGAAAUAGAACAAGGGCAAGUGUAGAGUCUUGAAUCUGGGCAGGAACAACCCCAGGGUCCAGUGUAAGUUGGGGAAUGACCUAUUAGAGAGCAGCGUAGGGGAAAGGGACCUGGGGGUCCUGGGGACAGCAGGAUGACCAUGAGCCAGCACUGGGCCCUUGUGGCCAGGAAGCCAAUGGUACCUGGGGUGGGUUAGAAGGGGGUGGUCAGUAGGUCAGAGAGGUUCUCCUGCCCCUCUGCUCUGCCCUGGGGAGACCACACCUGGAAUAUUGUGUCCAGCUGUGGCCCCUCAGUUCCAGCAGGACAGGGAACUGCUGGAGAGAGUCCAGCGCAGGGCAACAAAGAUGCUGAAGGGAGUGGAGCAUCUCCCGGGUGAGGAAAGGCUGAGGGAGCUGGGGCUCUGGAGCUGGACAAGAGGAGACUGAGGGGGGACUCAUUCAUGUUUCCAGAUAUCUAAAGGGGGAGUGUCAGGAGGAUGGAGCCAGGCUCUUCUCGGUGACAACCAGUGACAGGACAAGGGGCAAUGGGUUCAAACUGGAACACAAGAGGUUCCACUUAAAUUUGAGAAGAAACUUGUUCCCGGUGAGGGUGGCAGAGCCUGGCCCAGGCUGCCCAGGGGGUUGUGGAGUCUCCUUCUGUGCAGACAUUCCAACCCGCCUGGACACCUUCCUGUGUAACCUCAUCUGGGUGUUCCUGCUCCAUGGGGGGAUUGCACUGGAUGAGCUUGCCAGGGCCCUUCAACCCUGACAUUCUGGGAUUCUGUGAACCCUGUGCUGACCAUGGGCGUCUCGUGAGCAAGGAUUUGGGGCCAGAAUUCGCCUUUCCAGGACAUCCACUCAGAUGGCGGCCGGAGAGCAGAGAAAUGGGAUGAGGCGAGGCUGGAAUUACAACUUUUGUGAAAACAGGAGCUCGUCAUUUCUUAAAUCCGCGAUGAAAUAAGCAUUAUUAUUUAUCCUAAAAAGAGAAUUAUAAAAAAGUUGGAGGAAUAGCUCCCUAGGACUGAAAGACAUAAGGCAGCAAAUGAAAAAGUUGCGCCAGGGGAGGUUGAGGUUGGAUGUGGGAACAAUUUCUUCCCCAAAGGGCUGUGGGGCAUUGGAACAGGCUGCCCAGGGCAGUGCUGGAGUCACCAUCCCUGGAGGGCUGGACAGACGGACAUGAGGUUCUCAGGACACGGGGCAGUGCCGGGGGUGGGUUAUGGGUGGACUCCAUGCGCUCAAGGGGCUUUUCCAACCAAAACAAUUCUGUGAUUCUAUGGUGUCCAUGUGCCAAUGGGCAAAACCACGGCCAGAAGCAGCAAAUUUGACCACUUAUGGUGGGUGGGCCACCCCGUGUGGCACAGUCCCCGUGCCCAGGCUGUGCCGUCUGUCCCGGCGCAGGUGGAGCAGAUCCUGGCAGAGUUCCGGCUGCGGGAGGAGGACCUGAAGAAGGUGAUGCACCGCAUGCAGAAGGAGAUGGACCGAGGGCUCAAGCUGGCGACGCACCAAGAAGCUUCCGUCAAAAUGCUGCCCACGUACGUCCGCUCCACGCCCGAGGGCUCAGAGGUGGGAGAUUUCCUCUCGCUGGACCUGGGCGGCACCAAUUUCCGCGUGAUGCUGGUGAAGGUGGGCGAGGGGGAAGAAGGGCAGUGGAAGGUGAAGACGAAGCACCAGAUGUACUCCAUCCCAGAGGACGCCAUGACGGGCACGGCAGAGAUGCUCUUCGACUACAUCUCCGAGUGCAUCUCUGAUUUCCUGGACAAGCACCAAAUGAAGCACAAAAAGCUGCCCCUGGGCUUCACCUUCUCCUUCCCCGUGCGGCACGAGGACAUUGACAAGGGCAUCCUCCUGAAUUGGACCAAGGGCUUCAAGGCCUCUGGCGCAGAAGGGAACAAUGUGGUGGGGCUCCUGAGAGACGCCAUCAAACGCCGAGGGGACUUCGAGAUGGACGUGGUGGCGAUGGUGAAUGACACGGUGGCCACGAUGAUCUCCUGCUACUACGAAGAUCCCCGGUGCGAGGUUGGGAUGAUUGUGGGGACGGGCUGCAACGCCUGCUACAUGGAGGAGAUGCAGAACGUGGAGCUGGUGGAAGGCGACGAGGGCCGGAUGUGCGUCAACACCGAGUGGGGGGCGUUCGGCGCCUCAGGGGAGCUGGACGAGUUCCUGCUGGAGUACGACCGCGUGGUGGACGAGACCUCGCUUAACCCCGGUCAGCAACUGUACGAGAAGAUCAUCGGGGGGAAGUACAUGGGGGAGAUCGUGCGGCUGGUGCUGCUGCGGCUGGUGGACGAGAACCUGCUGUUCAACGGGGCGGCCUCCGAGAAGCUCAAGACCCGCGGGAGCUUCGAGACACGAUUCGUGUCCCAGAUUGAGAGCGACUCAGGUGACCGCAGGCAGAUCUACAACAUCCUGACGGGGUUCGAGCUGCUGCCGUCGGGGACGGACUGUGACAUCGUGCGCAUGGUGUGCGAGAGCGUGUCCACGCGCGCGGCCCAGAUGUGCUCGGCCGGGCUGGCCGGCGUCAUCAACCGCAUGCGCGAGAGCCGCAGCCAGGACACGCUCAAGAUCACCGUCGGCAUCGACGGCUCCGUCUACAAGCUGCACCCCAGUUUCAAGGACCGCUUCCACGCCGCGGUGCGGCAGCUGACGCCCGGCUGCGACAUCACCUUCAUCCAGUCGGAGGAAGGCAGCGGGCGCGGGGCCGCCCUCAUCUCCGCCGUCGCCUGCAAGAUGGCCUGCAUGAUGGGGCAGUGAGGAGGAGGAGAGGAGGAAGAUGAGGAGGAGGAUGGUGGGGGGGCGGCCGCCGGUCCCGCUCGCAGCGCAGACACACGCGGGAUUUGCCGCCGGCGCAGGCGGCUCCCGGCCCCCCCAAUAAACCGGGGUUUGCGUGGACUUUG